ACUUGCAUCUUUAGUGAAUUGGCUCCGUGCACGACUCUACUUCCGUUCUACUUCCGCACCUCGACUGUGUGGGUGAGCACUUCCGGCAAGAUGGCGAUGUUUUACACCAGAUGUCUCCAAGACCUGCCAAAAAUUACUAUAUCAGACGUCCACAGACUCGUCCGAAAUGGAUGCUCUGCCCCCCGGAGUAAACGGGAAAAGGGGUACAAGAUGUACCUUUCAAGUUUUAUUGACAACUAUGAAGAUUACUUUUGAGGACAGCUCACCGAUUCAAAUAGCGGUGGCUGAGUGCUCCUGUGUGGCUGGAACCGCUCUCUGCAACCACAGUGUUGCACUACUGUAUCAGACCACAAAAUACUCUACGCUACAACUAAAAGCAGUACCACCUGUCCUCAGCUGCACAGAAACUGAGCAGCGAUGGCAUAAACCACGAAGAUUGGGUGUGAAACCAGGCAGAGUGGGUAACAUGGUAUUCAUCUCAACCAAACCCAAGUCAAGACAGUACACAGCUGCUGAUGGUGUAAGGAGCAAGCGCUACAAAGCAGUGCGGGGUGACUUGCCAGACCCAGAUUCCCUGAAGGUUGACGAGGCAUACCAGGACUUCGCGGCAGAACUUGCUCCGCUAAUCACUACACUCUCGAUAAGCAGUGAUGUCCCUCUUGUUGAUUCAACCUUUGGGACCGUUCAAGAAGGGAGCCCCAUUUCAUAUCAGCACCCAUUGCCAGUGAGUAGGGUAAUCAUCCACCACCCAGACACACCCCCUCCACCACCCCUGCCGUUAGAUGGUCACAGGCUGGACCCAACCACAUGUUCCUUUGUGUGCACUCACCAACAACACCUUAAUGUAAUGUCCCUUAACAUUACUUUUGACAUGGCAAGAUCCAUCGAGAUGGCUACGAGAGAACAGAGUGGCAGCGCAGAGUGGCACAGCCUGAGGAAGAUGAGGAUCACUUCAUCCAGGUUCCGUGAGGUGUGCCAUGUCCGAGGUCACAGCUCUGCAGAGAACCUUGCAGAACGCAUCCGCAAAGGUGGGGUUCAGACAGCCUUGAUGAAGAGGGGGCUGGCACUGGAGCCAGAAGCUAUUCAGCAAUAUGCCCGCAUUAAAAACGUCAACUACUGGCCAUCAGGAUUUGUCAUCCAUCCAGAUGCUCCCUGGCUCGGAUCCUCUCCAGAUGGUGUCGUUUUUGAUCGAACGGAGGCACCACCGUUCGGGCUGGUGGAGGUGAAAUGCCCCAACUUGAAGAGCUAUGUUGACUCUGGUUGCCUGCACAUGCAGAGUGGCGCCUUGCGUCUGAAGCCAAGCCACAGCUACUAUUGGCAGGUGCAAGGCCAACUGCUUAUCACUGGAAUGCAGUGGUGUGAUUUUGUGGUUUUUGCAGAGGAGGACCUUUUUGUACAAAGAAUUUAUACAGAUGCAGAGGUUGCUAGGGUUAUAAGGGAGAGGGGGGAUUUUUUCUUUUUCUAUCAUUACCUGAUCUGAUCUUUAAAACAUUAAUGGUUCAGCCUGGUGUAAAAGUUUUGUGAUUAGCUGUAAAACAAUUAAUCACAUCCAAAAUAAAAGUUUGUAUUUACAUAAUAAAUGUGUGUGUGUAAUGUGUAUAAUUAUUUUAUCUAUAAAACACACACAUAUGCUUGCAUAUUAUUUGCAAUAACUAUAUUAUUAUCAGCAGCAUGUGCAUAUUACUGCAUUUAUAUGUAAUUUAUAUUAUAUAUUUUAUAUGUAAAUACAUUUCUCUUAAAUGUAUACAUGCACGUAUGUGCAUUUAAAAACAAAGUAAUUAUACACAGUACACACACAUUUAUUAUGUAAAUACAAACUUUUAUUUUGGAUGUAAUUAAUCGUUUUGCGUCCCUAAUUGUUAAUAUUAGAUCGUUGUAUAAGUGUUAUUCAAUAUGUUCUUAUUAAAUUCUACAUCUAAUGUCA